GGCGCGCGGCCGAGUAGGGACGCGGCUCGGACUGCGUGUGAAGGGGAACGGGCUUGUGGGCGCGCGAGGCGGCCGGCGGCGAUAUGCGGGUGGACGGGCGGCGGCCCUAGCGGCCUGAGUCUCGAGGGCGGGGCGGUGCGGCGCGGGCGCCCCUUCCCCGCUCCCGCCCGCCGGGUCCUGGCGAGCUCGCUACGGGGCCGGGCGGCGCGCGUGCGGCUGAGGGGCGGGGACGCCGUGAGCCUUGCUGCUCCCGGCCCGGCCGGGCGGCUCCUCAGACAGCGGCGCGCGGCGGGCCCGGGCGGAGGUUCCGCGGGCGGCGCUAGGCCCGGCGAAGCGGCAUGAGCCGGCCCCCGCCGACGGGGAAAAUGCCCGGCGCCCCCGAGGCCGCGCCCGGGGACGGGGCGGGCGCGGGCCGUCAGAGGAAGCUGGAGGCGCUCAUCCGAGACCCCCGAUCGCCCAUCAACGUGGAGAGUCUGCUGGAUGGCUUAAAUUCCUUGGUCCUUGAUUUGGAUUUUCCUGCUUUGAGAAAAAAUAAAAAUAUAGAUAAUUUCUUAAAUAGAUAUGAGAAAAUUGUGAAAAAAAUCAGAGGUUUACAGAUGAAAGCAGAAGACUAUGAUGUUGUAAAAGUUAUUGGAAGAGGUGCUUUUGGUGAAGUUCAGUUGGUUCGUCAUAAGGCAUCACAGAAGGUUUAUGCAAUGAAGCUUCUUAGUAAAUUUGAAAUGAUAAAAAGAUCAGAUUCUGCUUUUUUCUGGGAAGAAAGAGAUAUUAUGGCCUUUGCCAACAGUCCCUGGGUGGUUCAGCUCUUUUGUGCCUUUCAAGAUGACAGGUACCUAUACAUGGUGAUGGAGUACAUGCCAGGUGGAGACCUUGUUAACCUGAUGAGUAAUUAUGAUGUGCCUGAAAAAUGGGCCAAGUUUUAUACUGCUGAAGUAGUGCUUGCACUGGAUGCAAUACACUCCAUGGGCUUAAUACACAGAGAUGUGAAGCCUGAUAACAUGCUAUUGGAUAAACAUGGGCAUCUAAAAUUAGCAGAUUUUGGCACAUGUAUGAAAAUGGAUGAAACAGGCAUGGUACAUUGUGAUACAGCCGUUGGAACUCCUGAUUACAUAUCACCUGAGGUUCUGAAAUCACAAGGAGGUGAUGGUUACUAUGGGCGAGAAUGUGAUUGGUGGUCUGUAGGUGUUUUCCUUUUUGAGAUGUUAGUAGGGGAUACUCCAUUUUACGCAGAUUCACUUGUAGGAACCUACAGCAAAAUUAUGGAUCAUAAAAAUUCACUGUGUUUUCCUGAAGAUACGGAAAUUUCUAAACAUGCGAAGAAUCUCAUAUGUGCCUUCUUAACAGACAGGGAGGUACGACUCGGAAGAAAUGGGGUAGAAGAAAUCAAACAGCAUCCCUUCUUUAAGAAUGAUCAGUGGAAUUGGGAUAACAUAAGAGAGACGGCAGCUCCAGUGGUACCUGAGCUCAGCAGUGACAUAGACAGCAGCAACUUUGAUGACAUUGAGGAUGACAAAGGCGAUGUAGAGACCUUCCCGAUUCCUAAAGCUUUUGUGGGAAAUCAGCUGCCUUUUAUAGGAUUUACCUACUUUAGAGAAAAUUUGUUAUUAAGUGACUCUCCACCCUGUAGAGAAAAUGAUGCAAUACAAACAAGGAAAAGUGAAGAAAGUCAGGAGAUUCAAAAAAAAUUAUAUGCACUGGAGGAACACCUUAGCAGUGAGGUGCAAGCCAAGGAGGAGCUGGAACAGAAGUGCAAAUCUAUUAAUACUCGCCUAGAGAAAACAGCAAAGGAGCUAGAAGAAGAGAUUACGUUAAGAAAAAAUGUAGAAUCAACAUUAAGACAGCUGGAAAGAGAAAAGGCCCUUCUUCAGCACAAAAAUGCAGAAUAUCAACGGAAAGCUGAUCAUGAAGCCGACAAGAAACGAAAUUUGGAAAAUGAUGUUAACAGCUUAAAAGAUCAACUUGAAGAUCUGAAGAAAAGGAACCAGAGCUCUCAGAUAUCCACUGAGAAGGUCAAUCAGCUCCAGAAACAACUGGAUGAAGCUAAUGCUUUGCUGAGGACAGAGUCUGACACUGCAGCACGGUUAAGAAAAACCCAGGCAGAAAGUUCUAAACAAAUUCAGCAGCUGGAAUCUAACAUUAGAGAUCUACAAGAUAAAAACUGCCUGCUUGAGACUGCCAAGUUAAAACUUGAAAAGGAAUAUAUCAAUCUUCAGUCAGCUCUAGAAUCUGAAAGAAGGGACCGGACCCAUGGAUCAGAGAUAAUUAAUGAUUUACAAGGUAGAAUAUCUGGGUUGGAAGAAGAUUUGAAGACUGGCAAAGCCUUACUAGCAAAAGUAGAGCUUGAGAAGAGACAGCUGCAGGAGAAGCUCACUGACUUAGAGAAGGAAAAGAGCAACAUGGAAAUAGAUAUGACAUAUCAACUGAAAGUUAUACAGCAGAGUUUAGAACAAGAAGAAGCUGAACACAAGACCACAAAGGCACGGCUAGCAGAUAAAAAUAAGAUCUAUGAAUCCAUUGAAGAAGCUAAAUCAGAAGCCAUGAAAGAAAUGGAGAAGAAGCUGUUGGAAGAGAGGUCUCUAAAGCAGAAAGUAGAGAACCUACUCCUGGAAGCCGAGAAAAGAUGUUCUAUAUUGGACUGUGACUUCAAACAGUCUCAGCAGAAACUAAAUGAGCUGCUGAAGCAGAAAGAUGUGCUAAAUGAGGAUGUUAGAAAUUUGACAUUAAAAAUAGAGCAGGAAACUCAGAAGCGUUGUCUCAUGCAAAAUGACCUGAAGAUGCAGACCCAGCAAGUUAACACCCUAAAAAUGUCAGAAAAGCAAAUAAAACAAGAAAAUAAUCACCUUAUGGAAAUGAAAAUGAACUUGGAAAAGCAAAAUGCUGAACUUCGAAAAGAGCGGCAGGAUGCGGAUGGGCAGAUGAAGGAACUUCAAGACCAACUUGAAGCAGAGCAGUAUUUCUCAACCCUCUAUAAGACACAAGUUAGAGAACUUAAAGAAGAAAAUGAAGAGAAGAUUAAACUUUGUAAAGAGUUGCAGCAGAAGAAGCAGGAUUUACAGGAUGAAAGAGACUCUUUGGCUGCCCAGUUGGAGAUUACCCUUACCAAAGCAGAUUCUGAGCAGCUGGCUCGUUCCAUUGCUGAGGAGCAAUAUUCUGAUUUGGAAAAAGAGAAGAUCAUGAAAGAGCUGGAGAUCAAAGAGAUGAUGGCUAGACACAAACAAGAACUUACUGAAAAGGAUGCUACGAUUGCAUCUCUUGAAGAAACAAAUAGGACACUAACUAGUGAUGUUGCAAAUCUUGCAAAUGAGAAAGAAGAAUUAAACAACAAGCUGAAAGAUACCCAAGAACAACUGUCAAAGUUGAAAGAUGAAGAGAUCAGUGCAGCAGCUAUUAAAGCACAGUUUGAAAAGCAGCUACUGACUGAGAGAACACUCAAGACUCAAGCUGUGAAUAAGUUGGCGGAGAUCAUGAAUCGAAAAGAACCUGUCAAGCGUGGUAGUGACACAGAUGUGCGAAGAAAAGAGAAGGAAAACAGAAAGCUACAUAUGGAGCUUAAGUCUGAACGUGAAAAACUGACACAACAGAUGAUCAAAUAUCAGAAAGAACUUAAUGAAAUGCAGGCUCAAAUAGCUGAAGAGAGCCAAAUUCGAAUAGAACUCCAGAUGACCCUGGACAGUAAAGACAGUGAUAUUGAACAGCUUCGGUCGCAGCUUCAGGCCUUGCAUAUUGGUAUGGACAGUUCCAGUAUAGGCAGUGGCCCAGGCGAUGCUGAGCCUGAUGAUGGAUUUCCAGUCCAUAUCACUCAGUCACACACUAUGGAAUCCAUGUCCUUCACCUACCAGCGGUCCUCUACCUCUCUCAGUAUUGCCACUAAGCCCUCCAGUUCUCACAUGCUUCUUGACUCUGACUCUGAAGAAGAUUCCUUGCCUUACUUACCUAGUUCAUCGGAGCCUAUUAGUACAGAAUCAAGAUUAGAAGGAUGGUUGUCAUUGCCUGUACGGAACAACACUAAAAAGUUUGGAUGGGUUAAAAAGUAUGUGAUUGUAAGCAGCAAGAAGAUUCUGUUCUAUGACAGCGAACAAGAUAAAGAGCAGUCUAACCCUUACAUGGUGUUAGAUAUAGACAAGCUAUUUCAUGUCCGACCUGUUACCCAGACAGAUGUAUACAGAGCAGAUGCUAAAGAAAUUCCAAGGAUAUUUCAGAUUCUCUAUGCCAAUGAAGGAGAAAGUAAGAAGGAACCAGAAUUUCCAGUGGAACCAGUGGGAGAAAAAUCUAAUUAUAUUUGCCACAAAGGACAUGAGUUUAUUCCUACUCUUUAUCACUUCCCAACCAACUGUGAGGCAUGUAUGAAGCCAUUGUGGCACAUGUUUAAACCUCCCCCUGCUCUAGAGUGCCGUCGGUGCCACAUUAAAUGUCAUAAAGAUCACAUGGACAAGAAGGAAGAGAUCAUAGCACCCUGCAAAGUUUAUUAUGAUAUAUCAUCGGCAAAGAAUCUGUUGUUACUAGCAAAUUCAACAGAAGAACAGCAGAAAUGGGUUAGUCGGUUGGUGAAAAAGAUACCUAAAAAGCCUCCAGCACCAGACCCUUUUGCCCGGUCAUCCCCUAGAACCUCAAUGAAAAUACAGCAAAACCAGUCCAUUCGGCGGCCCAGUCGACAGCUUGCUCCAAACAAACCAAGAUUGCUUGAUUUGGCAUUUAAAGACUGGGAUUGGUCAUUUGAUGAUGUUGAAGGUGAUGAUGAUGAUGAUGACGAUGUUUUUGAUUUCUGAAGAAAUAAAUGGCUAACUGCCUUCUAUGAAAGCAGUUAUUGAAGGGGAUCAUAUUCUUCCAGCCACAAGACUGAAGUAUGAUUUCUCAAAACUUAACUAAAAAGCUAUAUUUUACUGAGACACAUACAUACACCACACGUGCGCAUGCACAUGCUUGCGCUACUUUCCCCCUGAAAUAAUUACAAAUCAUGGAGAGGUUUUUCUGGGCUACUUUGAAACAAGUUGAACAAACAGUGGUUGGUGAGUAAAGGUGUCCUACAGUUCUCCCAGA